AGCGCGCGGGCGGCGCGAUGGAGGGAGCGCGGGCGGGCGGCGGCACCGCGCACGUCAGCUUCGUGUGCCAGCGCUGCUGCCAGCCGCUCAAGCUCGACACCUCCUUCAAGGUCCUCGACCGCCUCACCAUCCAGGAGCUCACCGCCCCGCUGGUGACCGCCGCCCCUGCCAGGCCCGGGGACCUGCACGAGGAGGAGAGCGCCCUGACGGAGGAAGCCUUCGUGGAGAACCGGCAGGAUGGCGUGUCCAGGAGGUUUAUCCCGCCAGCCAGAAUGAUGUCAACAGAAAGUGCCAACAGUUUCACGCUGAUCGGAGAGGCCUCGGAUGGUGGCACCAUGGAAAACCUCAGCCGGAGACUGAAGGUCACUGGCGACCUCUUUGACAUCAUGUCUGGGCAGACGGACGUGGAUCACCCGCUGUGUGAGGAGUGCACAGACACUCUGCUGGACCAGCUGGACACACAGCUCAACAUCACUGAGAACGAGUGCCAGAACUACAAGAGAUGUCUGGAGAUACUGGAACAGAUGAAUGAGGAUGAUAAAGAGAAGCUGCAGGCAGAGCUGAAAGAGCUGGCACUGGAGGAAGAGCAGCUGAUUCAGGAGCUGGAGGAUGUUGAGAAGAACCGCAAGAUUGUGGCUGAGGACUUUGAGAGAGUCAGGGCAGAGGCUGAGCGGCUGGAGCAGGAGGAGGCUCAGUAUCAGAAGGAAUACUGUGAGUUCAAGAGGCAGCAGCUGGAGCUGGAUGAUGAGCUGAAAAGUGUGGACAACCAAAUGCGCUAUGCCCAGAUGCAGUUGGAUAAAUUAAAGAAAACCAACGUGUUCAAUGCAACCUUUCACAUCUGGCACAGCGGGCAGUUUGGCACAAUAAAUAACUUCAGGCUUGGCCGUCUCCCCAGCGUUCCUGUGGAAUGGAAUGAGAUCAACGCUGCCUGGGGGCAGACUGUGCUGCUGCUGCAUGCCCUGGCCAACAAAAUGGGCCUGAAGUUUCAGAGAUACCGUCUCGUCCCUUUUGGCAACCACUCCUAUUUGGAGUCCCUCACAGACAAAUCCAAGGAGCUUCCCCUGUACUGCUCUGGAGGGUUGAGGUUCUUCUGGGACAAUAAGUUUGAUCACGCCAUGGUGGCAUUCCUGGACUGUGUGCAGCAGUUUAAAGAGGAAGUGGAAAAAGGUGAAACUCGGUUUUGUUUGCCUUACAGGAUGGACGUGGAGAAAGGAAAGAUCGAAGACACAGGUGGCAGUGGUGGCUCUUACUCAAUUAAAACACAAUUUAACUCAGAAGAGCAAUGGACAAAAGCACUAAAAUUCAUGUUAACUAACCUGAAAUGGGGCCUUGCCUGGGUCUCAUCCCAAUUCUAUAACAAGUAACUGUGGUCAGAACUUGUUCUGGGAGCUGUGGAGUGUCUGCGUUGUGUUAGAGAAAGGCAAAUUAAGAUGUCUCUUAAUAUCAGCCAGUAAAAAAUGUUUACAAUACCAAAAAAUCCACAAGACACUUUAUUUGAAAUACCAUUAUUACAAGUAGUUCAUAGAAAAGCAAUAUGCAAAGUUGUAUCAUUGAGCUGAACAGAAUAAAACCCAGCUAUUAAAUGGA